GCAGGCGCAUUGCGUACUCCGCGCCGAACUGCCGCUAUGGAGAAGGCACCUUCGGACCCGGAGAGGCAGCUGCAGCCUGCGCCUGUUGAGCCGCUGGGCCACCUGGACGCUGGGCUGGAGGCUGCGGCCAGUGAGGAAGCGGAAGGGGCCCGAGAAGUGGGCUCCGGAGGCGACACGAUGACAGAAAAUAACUUCUGGUUGAAGAAGAUAGAGAUCAGUAUUUCAGAAGCAGAAAAGCGAACUGGAAGAAAUGCCAUGAAUAUGCAAGAAACUUAUACUGCUUACCUCAUUGAAACAAGGUCAGUUGAGCAUACUGAUGGUCAGAGUGUCUUAACAGACUCACUGUGGAGGCGAUACAGCGAGUUUGAGUUGUUGAGAAACUACCUUUUAGUUUACUAUCCACAUAUUGUUGUGCCACCUCUACCAGAAAAACGGGCAGAAUUUGUUUGGCACAAACUCUCUGCUGACAACAUGGAUCCGGAUUUUGUGGAGCGACGACGGAUUGGUUUAGAAAACUUCCUCUUGAGAGUUGCUUCACAUCCCAUCCUUUGUAGAGACAAAAUCUUCUAUUUGUUUUUAACACAGGAAGGUAACUGGAAGGAGACUGUGAAUGAAACUGGAUUUCAACUGAAGGCAGACUCCAGGUUAAAAGCGCUUAAUGCAACAUUCAGAGUGAAAAACCCAGACAAGAGAUUUAUUGAACUAAAACACUACAGUGACGAGCUGCAGUCAGUCAUUGCACAUCUUCUUCGAGUCAGAGCUAGAGUAGCAGAUCGACUCUAUGGUGUAUAUAAAGUACAUGGAAAUUAUGGGCGAGUUUUCAGUGAGUGGAGUGCCAUAGAGAAAGAACUGGGUGAUGGACUGCAGAGUGCUGGUCACCACAUGGACGUAUAUGCAUCCUCUAUUGAUGAUAUUUUGGAAGAUGAAGAACAUUAUGCAGAUCAGUUAAAAGAGUAUCUUUUUUAUGCAGAAGCACUGAGGGCUGUGUGCAGGAAACAUGAGCUCAUGCAGUAUGAUUUGGAGAUGGCUGCUCAGGACCUGGCAUCCAAGAAGCAGCAGUGUGAGGAGCUGGCAACAGGAACUGUGAGGACAUUCUCUUUGAAGGGAAUGACUACCAAGCUCUUUGGUCAAGAAACUCCAGAGCAGAGGGAAGCCAGAAUAAAGGUGCUAGAAGAACAAAUAAAUGAAGGAGAACAACAGCUCAAAUCUAAAAAUCUGGAAGGCAGAGAAUUUGUGAAAAAUGCAUGGGCUGAUAUUGAACGCUUCAAAGAACAAAAGAACCGAGACUUAAAAGAGGCCCUCAUAAGCUAUGCUGUUAUGCAGAUCAGUAUGUGCAAAAAGGGAAUUCAAGUGUGGACCAAUGCUAAGGAAUGUUUUAGCAAGAUGUAAUCCUGUGAAAUGAAUUUCUCUUCAAUCAAAGUGCCCCAAAACAGAAGCACAAGUAAAUAAAAAGAAAUUUAAGUUGCUACGCAGUAUAUACAAAAAUAUAUAAUAAGUUGAAUUAAUUCAGCUUUCUUUAACCUGAUUAUAGUUGUGUACAUAUAGCACAAAAAGGAUGUAUUUUAAUGAAGAUUAAAUAUUAUAAUUUGAGGUUUUGGGGACUGGUGCUGAUUCCAAAAAGUUAAUUUAAUAAUAUAUACCAACAGAUUGUUUGUCAGGCUUUUGAACCAAUGUCCGAAUGUCAAGAUGUUAGUUAAUUUCUAGAUGCUCUUUUCAUUGCCAACUGUUUCAGAGCCCUCAUGUAGGGAGUUUUUUCCUAAGAUUGAAAUCCUAUAUUUGCUUCUUAAGACCCACAAAUCUGUUAUAGAGGGUUAUUUUUCUCUUGCCUUAUAAUUAAUUGAACUGUUUGGUUUGAUAAAGCUCAGAAGAAAUUUAUUGUGAAAUAUGUUUUCCUCCACAUUCAUUGAUGCCUGUAUAACAUCUGCAUAUAUUAGAAAAUGCCUUCAGUUUGUGUUUUACCAGAAUUUUGAUACCGUUCAGAAAUUUUAUACUGCCAAUAAAGAACUCUCAGCUUCUCAGAUAUAGAGGAGAUUGUUAUGAUGUAGGAAUUGCUAUAUAGAAAGUUUUAAUUGAGUAUUACUACCCUCAAAUAAUUCCUAACCUCAGUGGUGAGCCUCAAUUUACUCUGCUUGGCUCUCUGCACAUGGCAUUUCAGGGUACAAGAUGUAGCACUCCCAUGUAUAAGAUAUAAUAUGUGAUAAACAUAUGCUCCACCUUCAUUCUUAACGUUCUUUGUUUUGUUGCUUGGCUGUGAUUUUUGUAAAGAUAAAUUAUAAUUUUUAAUGUAUGUUUUUGUGAUAUAUGUUCAUAAACCAAGCAGUCUCAUUUUGCUAGCUUUGCAAAAUCUUAAAUGUGUACUCCUUAUUUCUAAUAAUGUUAAAAAAAUACCCAGUACUGUUUAACAUUUGACUUUUUUACAUGUUUAAAAUGUUGCUGGAUUUUUGUGCUGUUUGCCAAACUUAUACAAUAAAUAAAUGAAGUAUUGUGCUGA